AUGGGUGUGGCUUCUGCCGCACCCAACUCGCCGUAUCAAUCGGCCUGUUCGAAAUGGUCAACGGCUACGUUUUUACUGCGAGUCGACGAGGAAAGAGGGUGGAGUAAACAGCCCACUUGGCAGAUCCAUGUGCAGAACUCGCCUUACACCCCCGUAUCCAUUCUUAGCGGCGAGAAUCAUACGAGGUUUUCCCGCCUCACUUUCUUUUUUGGCAUCAAUCUCCCUCCUCCCCCCUUCCAGAAGGGCAGUGGUCUCAUGUCUCAGCCGAAAUUGAGCCCUGCGAAUCGAACGCACGCCGGACGAGGGCGAUCGAGCAGCAGAUCUGCAAACCCGCAGGCCGCAGCGUUCGCCUCCUCGAAAAAACGGCCCGACGAGAACCGGGGCACCGGACGUCAAGGACGCCUCGGAUCCCCGGUCUCCUUCUGCGCUGGCCGGAGAGUUCUAAUCACAGCACCCACCACCGGCUCCACAGCCAUUCUAUGCAAUGACAGCAUCGAAAUUGCCCCCUGA